CCCGCUUCCUUCUUCUACGGAUGUGCCACCAGCGCCUACCAGAUCGAAGGCUCAACCAAAGCUGGCGGACGAGGUGAAUCACAGUGGGAUGCCUACAUCCACAAUACCACUGGCUCCGCGCACGUCGCCAAUGGGGAUGAUGCAGAGGUGGCAAUGGACUUUUACAAUACGUACAAGCAGGACAUUCCGCUCUUCAAGAGUGCUCUCGGCAUUGACACCUUUUCCUUCAGCAUUGCAUGGACGAGAAUUCUACCCCACGGCAACGAGACUACGCCGAAUCAAGCGGGCGUAGACUUCUAUAAAGACAUGAUCGCAACUGCGAAAGCCCAGUCCAUGCUGGUCGCCUGUACGCUUUUCCAUUGGGACUUCCCGCAAGCGCUUCAAGCGAAGUACGGAGGAUGGCUGGACGACCGCAUCAUCGAAGACUAUGCCCACUACGCCAAGAUGACCAUGGAGGCUCUCGGCCACGGCUGCGACAUGUGGAUCACCGUCAACGAGCCCCGCACCUUCUGCACCACUUCCUACGGACCCCAGCCCAACAUCGGCGCACCCGGUUUCCCAGCGACGCAUCUACAGACGUUCGAGUGCGUGCACCGAGUCCUGCUGGCGCAUGCCAAGGCUAACCAAGCCUUUUGGGAUCUGAAGAGAAAAGGCAAAGUGCACGGUCGGGUGGGCAUCAAGAUUGAUGGAGCUCCCCUAGAGCCCUUUGAUGUCUUCAAUGCAACGGUAGUCAAGGCCAUUCAGCCCGCAAUGGACAUGAUGGGCUGGAUCCUUGCCCCGCUCACCACGGGCGACUACGCCAGCGCCAUGCGCAAAGUCAUGGGUGCGAAGCUUCCCACCUUUACUCCUCAGCAGUCGGCCGGACUGAAAGACUCGUAUCACUUCAUCGCUUGGGACUCUUACGCGACGAUGUAUGCCAAGCCUACAGAUGGCGCAUGUGUCGACGAAACGAACCCACUGUGGCCGGCGUGCGUGGAACUGAUGCCUGUCAAUAAGACUGGUGUGUCAAUUGGCGAGCCAACGGGGAGCUUUUGGAACUUCCAGGGCAAUGACACAAUCAUCAAAGGUAUGCGCUACAUGCACCAGCGUUGGAACCCCAAAGCCCUCGCCAUUGGCGAAAAUGGCCUCUCCUUGCCAUCAUCGCCCACACUCUCCCUAAAUGACAGCUUGCACGACCUGCAGCGUAUCCGCUGGUACCGCAAUGCCGUGAACCAGAUCAACACCAUUCUAGACGAGGGCAAGAUCCCCUUUGUCGGAUACCUAGCCUGGAGCUGUAUCAGCAACUUCGAGUGGAUCCAAGGCUAUCAAGAGGACUUUGGACUCAUCUACGCAAAACCAGGCGCCAAUCAGACGCGGUACAUCAAAGAGUCAGCUUCUUUCCUGCAGGCU